AUGAGCGGUAUGCAAGAACAAGUGAAUAGCGCAAUGGAGUCAGCUCGUGAGGCCGCAGCCUCAGUGGGUGAACGUGUUACUGAUUUCUUCCAAGGCAAUCCAUUCACUACGCCAUGCGGACGUAAAAUUGAAAUGGCUACGGAUGCAUCUACUCUGGCCACCGAGAACUGGGGACUGAAUAUGGAGAUUUGUGACUUUAUCAAUAAUACUGCUGAAGGUGGCCGUGAUGCAAUUCGAGCAAUUCGCAAACGUCUGCAUACCCAAAUGUCGAAAAACAAUGCAAUUGUUAUGUAUACGUUAACUGUGCUAGAAACGUGUGUGAAGAACUGUGAUAUGCGAUUCCACGAAUUAGUGUGUCAAAAAGAUUUCAUCAAUGAAUUGGUGCGGUUAAUUGGACCCAAAUUUGAAGCACCUCAAGUAAUACAAGAACGAGUGUUAAGUUUAAUUCAGUCGUGGAAUGAUGCAUUCCGAGGCGAGCCGCGUUUACAAGGCGUCUGCCAAGUUUACGAUGAAUUAAAAACGAAAGGUGUGGAAUUUCCGAUGACUGAUUUCGACUCAAUGGCACCAAUAUUAACACCGAAACGAACUGUCUUUCCAUCACCAGUUGUAUCACAGCACCACCACCAACAACAACAACAUCCCACCUCAGCUGGCGAUGCUGGCGUGGAUGCCGGCUUAGACUUGACGCCGCAACAACAGCAACUCCAAAAUGCAGAAAAUUAUCAGUUCGUGGAUGCGUCACAUCCUGUCCAACCAACACCCGAACAACUCGAGAAAUUACGUAAAGAACUGGAUGUUGUGAACAAUAAUCUCAAGGUGCUGCGUGAAAUGCUGUCCGAACUAGCACCAGGUCAAGAGAAUGCAGAUGAUAUAGCGCUACUGGUUGAGUUGCAUGCUACCUGUGUUCAGAUGCAGUUACGUGUUCGCGAGUUGAUCCGUGCGAUAUCAUCUGAACAAGUGACAUAUGAGUUGUUGGUUCUGAAUGAUGAGCUCAACAAUGUAUUCGAUAAGUACGAUCGUUAUAUGGCAAACCGAUCGGCCGAUGUCAACAAGCAAAACAAUGGACAAGAAGCACACAACGAGCACGCACAAUGCACUACUGCGAAUCUGAUCGACAUUGAAGACAGUCGACCCUUAUCUGAGCAGAUGAACGCGUUGAAGACACAUGAUGCAGCCAUUCCUAAUAACACCACUUCCACUAGUACAGCCAACCAGGUAGAGUCGACAUAUGCAGAUAAUUCGGUGCGUUUAGAUCAGACUGAUGCAGGCUUAUCGAAGGCAGCUUUUAAUAAAACGACACCAAUAAGUGAAAGGGAAGCGGCUGAAAUGGCCCAGUGGCUAGAGGCCAAUGAGUCAAGCGCACAAAAAUGUCCAGGUAGUUUCGUGAUAUCAUUACUUAUAUCUGUUCUCAUCAGCAAUACGCGAUUCUGUAUUAUUUUAGAGAAGGAACAAAAAUCGACAGACCCAAAAACGGAUGAUCCAGAUGCGGGACUGUAG